AUGCCGACUUCACAUUCACCCCGGCGGAGCCCCCGAAUUGGACAGACGGGAGCUCCCGCAACUGCAACUACGACCACCGCGACCACAUCAGCCGGCACUCCGAAGAAUGUGCCGGGCUUAUCGGGCGGUGAGCUGCAGCGGCCACGGACUCCAAAGCAACCGGGAUUAAUCCCAAGUGGUGCUCCAAAGCCUGAUAGAUCAGGCCAGGAUACGGACACCACAACCGCCAAGUUUGCGGCGCUGAUGGAGAGGAUCGCUACCUUGGAAAGGGAGCUUCAAAAGGCGAGGUCAGGUGAAGGGCAAGAUGCAGCCGCGAGGGAUCCCGUUAGAAACGGAUCAAGCGUUGCCGCCAUUAUUGAGUGGAAACCUGCCGCCACAAUCGAGUGGAAAUCUGGCAAUAGGGCAACAAGUCACACUCAGUACAAACAGUACAACGUUAAGCUAUUCCACACCAUGCUGCGUGACGGCUACUGUGCAGCCAGCACUAAGCUACAUGCAAGCUACGCGGGAACCUCUUCGCAACCUGAUGAGUUCGAAGGUCAGCCUGAGGAAUGGCCAAUAUUCCAAUGCGCGUUCACGGAGACGACGGCGGCGUAUAAUUGUACUGCGUUGGAGAACAACCAGAGGCUAGUGAAAGCCCUGAAGGGUGAAGCGCGAGCAUCUGUCAAGUCGCUGCUUAUACACCCGAAUAACGUUCAGGCUGUAAUGGAUCAGCUACGUUUCCGAUAUGGACGCCCGGAGCAACUGAUACGUAGCCAACUGGAAAGCGUGCGAGAGGUGCAGCCGAUCCAAGAACACAAUAUAAUAAAGAUCGUGCCGUUUGCAACACGGGUCAGCAAUCUCGCAGCGUUUUUACAGUCAAGCCCGAACGGGGAGCAGCACCUAGGAAAUCCUACAUUGAUGGAAGAGCUGAUCGCCAAGCUACCACUGAGCAAAAGGUUGGAUUGGGCCAGGCACGCCGCCGUAAUAGGGUGCUACCCAACUGUCGCGCACUUGAGCGAAUGGCUAAACGAACUCGCUAAAUUAGUGUGCACUAUUACGAGCAGCAACAGCAAGGAUCCUAAGCGUAGGGUAUUGCACGCCAGCACCAGUCAGAAGGAUCAGGAUCUAUUUGAAGAUCAUCCCAGGAGUUGCCCAAUUUGCGAGGGGCAACACACUAUCAAGGACUGUAAGGAUUUCAACUACGCUACUCCGACUGCCCGUAUGGAGUAUGUAAGAAAGCAUCGGAUUUGUUUCUCGUGCCUGGAGAGCGGUCACAUGUCCAGGUUCUGCAAGAGAAACAGCAAGUGCAACGUCUACGGAUGCCAGAUGGGGCAUCACUACCUCCUGCAUGACGGGGUGGGCAACCCCACACGGCCAUCGCAACCCCACGGUCGACCAUGGCCAAAUGAAAGGAGCGAUCGCGGUCGCAUGGUACAUGCGGGCGCUGACAGGAGGAAGGUGGACAAGCAAGUACAUCAGCCAGAUGAUCUGGCCCAGAGAAGUCCACUUACGGCAUCUGCACAGACGCAGGAUGCAUGGCGCAAGCGGGACGAAGGCCGUCAGCCAAGUGACGGGCAUGGAUUGCCACAUCGGAACCUAAGUUGCGUCGAUCCGGAUGGAGGACACUUACUAUUCCGUAUUUUGCCCGUGACGCUGUACGGGGAGGAUACGCAGCUGGAUACCUACGCGCUGUUCGACGAAGGUUCGUCCGUGACCCUGAUCGACGAGGAGCUCACUCGAAGCCUAAACCUAAAAGGCGAGAGUCGGCAGCUCAACAUUCAAUGGUUCGGUGGCAAGUCAGCGAAAGAGAACACAAAGAUGGUCAGCCUCCAGAUUAGUGAAGCGGGCAGACCGAAACGCCAUGCUUUGAAAAAUGUGUAUGCGGUCUCUAACCUCAAUCUUCCGAUGCAAAGUCUGCGUCGGGAAGAUGUCAAAGCGGCGAAGGCUUCUGCACGCCUGCCGAUGAAACCGUAUCGUAAUGCGGUCCCGAGGAUUUUAAUCGGACUAGACCAUGCGCACCUAGGAAUACCUAUGCAAAACAGGAGCUUCGGAGCAGGAGGACCCUAUGCAGCCGCCACCAAGCUAGGAUGGGUGGUUUUUGGUCCUGUAAGAAGUCAGAUGAGUUCACCAAUGCAAAGAUCGUGCCUCCUAGCCGUCCCACAGUAUGAUCAUCUCGAGAAGAUGGUCAGCGACUAUUUCGAAAUAGAGAAUUUCGGAGUGAAGCCGGCGCCACCAGUCGCAGCUAGUGGCGACGCACGGGCUUUGGGAAUCCUGAACGAGACGACUAGGCGAGUGGGCGAACGAUACCAAACUGGAUUGCUGUGGAAAGAUGAUAAAGUGAGCCUGCCUGACAGCUAUAACAUGGCACUCAAAAAGACUUGUCGGCAUUGA